AUGGCCACCCCACAGGAUAUAAGGGCCCAGCACAGAGCUUGGACAUGUGAGCUGCUCCACCCAUAUUUGUUGGGUGAAAGGUGCCUAUGAGAUGGUGUGGCAGAGAAGGAAAAUGAGCUGGAGUGGAAGAAACCAGAGCCAGGGUAGCCAACAUGCCAGAGUCCAUUGCCUGGCUAAGGAAUAGAAAAAGGAAGACAAAUGCUUGGAAGGAAAGAGGGAAGGACAAAAAGCUGGACUGCGAAGUUCUACUUUCAUUUUUCAUUGUUUUUGUUUCUUUAUUUAAGAAAAGCAACAAGGGGUCCAGGCACAGUGGCUCACGCUUGUAAUCCCAGCACU